AUGGCAACGGUCGUCCCCCCAGUCACCCAAGACGCGACGUCGUCCAAGGGUCCUACAGCAAUGGUCUUCAUGAACAUGGGCGGCCCCUCCACAACAGACGAAGUUGGCGACUUCCUGAGCAGGUUAUUCGCAGAUGCAGACCUCAUCCCACUCGGCCGUCUCCAAUCUUAUAUCGGGCCUCUCAUUUCCAGCCGCCGUACUCCCAAAAUCAAGAAGCAAUAUGCAGCCAUAGGUGGCGGCUCUCCGAUACGCAAAUGGUCCGAAUACCAAUCCUCCGAGAUGUGCAAGCUACUAGACCAAAUCUCUCCGGAAACCGCACCUCAUAAACCCUACGUCGCAUUUCGCUACGCCAACCCAUUGACGGAGGAGAUGUACACGAAUUUGCUGAAAGACGGCUUCGGAGGCGGUAAAGGAGGACGCGCAGUAGCCUUCACACAAUACCCGCAGUACUCGUGCUCGACAACUGGAAGCUCACUGAACGAGUUGUGGAAGUGGCGAAAUCGAUUAGAAGGAAAAGGCGCCACCGGUUUGGACUCAGCGGGCUCAAUAACAUGGAGUGUCAUAGACCGAUGGCCUGUCCACCCAGGUCUCGUGGAAGCUUUUGCACAGAAUGUGGAGACGCAACUGGCCACAUACCCUGAGGAGUCUCGGAAAGAUGUGGUUCUGCUGUUCUCCGCGCACAGCUUACCCAUGAGCGUCGUCAAUAGAGGCGACACUUAUCCUGCCGAAGUCGGCGCUACGGUCUACGCUGUAAUGCAAAGGCUAGGCUUCAGCAAUCCAUACCGUUUAUGCUGGCAAUCGCAGGUUGGGCCGUCCGCGUGGCUGGGCGCGCAGACAAGUGAUACGGUGCAACAAUAUGUGAAGAAAGGGCAGACGGAUCUUAUUCUCAUACCCAUUGCGUUCACGAGCGAUCAUAUCGAAACGCUGUUCGAACUUGAUCAGGAGGUUAUACAUGAGGCAGGACACCCGGGGGUCAAGCGGGCAGAAAGUCUGAAUGAUAGCAGGGUGUUUAUUGAAGCUUUGGCGGAUGUUGCAGUCAACCAUCUGAGGAGUGGGGAGAGUUGCUCGAGGCAGAUGGGGCUACGGUGCCAGGGUUGCAAAAGCGAACGGUGUCUGGAGCAGAAGAAGUUCUUCGUUAGUCAGGAAAACCUGCUUUCGGUCAGAUAA